UCGGCGUGUCAGACAAAAUUAUGACGCUAGCUUGCUAACAAAAACAUAUAUAUGAGAUUUGAUUUUUGCUUUGGAAAAUUGCCUUAGUCUUGUAGUGAGGGGCCUAUAAAACAUAGGCCCCUCAUUAACGUUAACAUUUUGAGGAGAAUUCUGAAAUUUAUUGGAAUAAAUGACCAAACUAUAAAACUAGCUUGCAAGCUAUGGGUAGGUAGAUACCUGACAGGCGUGCUAGUUAGCUUUCUAGGUACAUUAAUAGGUUUAAGCUCAACUUCAACAUUUCCACCAAGGACGUUGCCUCACCGAUCAUCACUCUCCCUCACUUGGGCAAGGGACAUUUUGAAGUAUACUCUGAUGUGACGAUGUAAAACGUCAUUCAAGGGCUGAGGGUUCAGGGCCGAGGGAUGGCCACUUUGAGUUUGGACUGCAGCCAUUAUUUUGUUUGGCCACCAUCAGAGGACUCUUCCAAUAACUUCUUGAUGAAAAAACAUAGAAUGUAUGGGUAUGUUCUCAUCUGUGUUUUCCCCUCUGGGCUGGGAUGUUUUUUGCUGUUCAAAUAAGUGGUUGAAUGUCCAUUGGAGUCUUGUACACCCCACUCUCUAACCCGGAGCCGGAUUUCUGAAGAUGGGUUCUUGGACUCUGUCCAGAAGAGGUUGCAGUGCAGAAGACUGCGAGAGAAACUGGUGACCAUGACUACUAUGAAAAAAGUGGACAUUGGCCUGUUCUCUCAGGAGGUGAGAGGGCUAAUGAACUGUCCCUGGAGACUCAACCUCACACACAGAGAACUACACAGGACAGAGUUGUGGUCAUGCUGUAACGCUUCUGAUAGGCUGAUGGUGACCAGACAGAACACCAAUCAGAACCAGAGUCUGACUUAUGAUGCAGAGAAGUGGAGGAAGAGAAAGGUGGACCAAGCACUAUGGGACAUGCUGCCUCAGACUGUACCCUGGAGUAAAGGUUCAUUGAGUCGUUGUGCCGUGGUGGGAAGUGGAGGAAUCCUGCAGAACAGCAGCUGUGGAGCGGAAAUAGACAAUGCUGACUAUGUCAUCAGGUUUAACCUGGCUCCUAUCAACAAGAGUUAUGACGUGGGAGUGAAGACAGACCUCAUAACGGCCAACCCUUCCCAGAUCAAUAAAAGAUACCCUGACCUCCAACGGAACCCUGGACCACUGAUGGAAGUCAUGUCAGCCUAUGGCCACACCCAUCUGCUUCUCCACGCCUUCUCUUUUGGUUUUGGGACCUCCCCCUGCUUCAAGGUGUACCACGCCCUCCGUAAGGCCUGCACCCAACAGAAAGUGGUGUUCUUUCACCCAGACUACCUGCUUAAGCUGGACAAAUUCUGGCGUCACCGCGGGCAACGAGCCCCACGGCUCUCUACUGGUAUGAUGCUGGCCAGCACUGCUCUGGAGAUCUGUGAACAGGUUCAUCUGUAUGGCUUCUGGCCCUUCCCUCUGGAUCUAUCCAAAAAUACUUUGCCACAUCAUUACUAUGACAACGUUGGUCCAAGUCACUUCAUGCACGCCAUGCCUGAAGAGUUCCUGCUGCUAUUACAACUCCACAGCCAGGGGGCACUACAGCUACAUGUUGGACCCUGUACCCCCUAACAAGCAGAUGGUCAGGGGGCCAGAACAUAAUUCUAAUAAUUUGCACAGUGCAAAUUGACCACAACUAAGCCCAAAAAUAGGUUAUAUUUGAAAAUAACAAUCAUUCCAACAAUCAUAACGUGUCUCUCUUUUUUAAGCUCCAAAAAAUCUCACGGGCUGCCUGUUGCCGACCCCUGCCCUACACCCUAACCCCUUCAACUAUAACCUAAAUGUUUCUAUUUAUUUGUUUUAUUUAGCCUUAUUUUAAUGGUGAGUUGACUGAGAAUACAUUCUCAUUUACAGCAACGACCUGUAACCCCUACACCACUACAACUCCAAAGCCAGGGGGCACUACAGCUACAUGUUGGACCCUGUACACAAGCAUAAGCGACACAAGCGGCUGCCAGGGGGCCCCCGAAACAACAAUAAUAACUGUUGGGGUCUCAACUUACAGUUGAGAGUUAGAAUAGUACAUGUUUUUGUUAGGGCUCUAUUCAAUCCAUAUCCCAGAAAUUCAGCAUUACAGCGUGAUUGAAAUUUAAAUGCAAUGUUCCCACAUUAGCGGAGAUUGCAUUUACGGUAAACACUGCAGAUGUUGGCUCAAUAGGAAAUUAGCAAUACAGAUUCAAUAGAGACCUUAGUGUUGCCAGUUAUCUAAACUGGUAGUCAUCAUGGCCUAAUACCGAUCGGGCACGUGCCCUAGGGCCCUGACCUCCAAAGGGCCCCCAUUGACCUUGUUUGUCACUCCAAUAUCAUUAACAUGAAAGUCAUUGCAAAAAAUAGUAUUGCAGGAAAUGUGCUUUAAAACUGCAAAAAAAAAUCUCUACCCUAUGGCAAAAUUGGUAAAAUUCCAGGACAUUAGCUUUAAAACGGCAAGAAUUUAGCUCUGCCCCAUGGCAAAUUUUGUAGAAUUGCAUGAAAUGUGUUUUAAAAUUCAAAAAUGUUAUCUCCGCCCCAUGACAAAAUGUGUAGAACUACAAAAAACUUGCAGGGGCCCCCCAACUAAAUCUUGCUUAGGGCUGGCCCUGCCUGUACACCCUAACCCCUUCACCAUAACUCCUACACCCUAACCCCUUCACCAUAACUCCUACACCCUAACCCCUUCAACAUAACUCCUACACUCUAACCCCUGUUAAUACAACUCCACAGCCAGGGGGUGAUACAGCUACAUGUUGGACUGUCUCUAACAUACAUCCUAUAGAGUUAUUUAUACAUUGUUAUUAGUAUGCUGUGGUUUUAUAUUUUAUUGAAAACAUUAAAAUGUUAUUCUACUUUUUGGAUUUC